CUCUUCUUCUUGGUCUUUCUACAUAUUCUGUUCUUUAAAGCUCUAGAGGCCUCUUCAUUGGUACUUUAUUUUCCAUCAUAGCAGAUCAACGUCCUCAGACCGGAUUUUUUAGCAGCACAAUAUGUAUUCAGUGCUCCGAUGACUUAUGUUACCAUGUAUGCUUGCUUGUGUGGCUCUCCCUUUAUCUAUUAUUUUCCCAGCUAGAGCCAAUAGCAUUUCUAUCCUUCUUACAGCAAAGGCGCGAUGGACUCCUCCGAGAAGGCCAAAGGAAAGGAGAAGGUGGAGACCAUGGAAGUGAGCGAAACCAUCAGUUCUGUUGGAGGGGAGGGUAACCCCAGUGCAGCAGGCGGCCUUUCCCCUGGCGAUAUCCUAGCUACGGACGUUUGGGCCGAAACAAUGCUGGAUAAAAUCAAAGUCCUUCAGAAGCCACCUAGUCACACUGCAUCCAAAAGCAUCAGCACAGCUCCUGCAAGCACUGAGGACCGUGACAAGAAGCUUUACGAGCCAAGGGCGGUGGCCAUCGGUCCCUACCACCGGAAGACGGAGAAUAAUUAUUUCAGAAUCACGGAUAAACACAAACUGUGGUGUGUGCAAGAAGUGAUCGGCUUUCACCCAAAAAAAGAAGAAGAAGAAGAAGUGAUCGGCGAUAGUUACAAACAAGACCUCGGUAAAUUCCUCGGUAAGAUGAAGGAGAGGGAAAGAGAUGCUGUGAAUUUUUAUCGUGAAUGUUAUGGGACAGACAAUAACUUCGGCAUGAAUUCCAAAAGUUUUCUGGAGAUGCUAAUGCUUGAUAGCUGCUUCAUCUUGUUUGCGCUUUCAUUGCAUUAUAAUCCUGUCAAGGUACUCCCUUUUGUGGGUGGCCUUGAAGAUGGACCAUGGGCACCACGUGAUAUAGUGGGGGCAUCGGAGCUUGUCAAGACUGACUUGCUGUUGCUCAACAGCCAAAUCCCUUUCUUUAUCCUUGAGGAUGUUUUCAAUAUGCAAAUUGCUAUUCACCCAAACGAAUAUAUUUACACUGAAGGCAAUGAAGGCCAACCCACAAUCAGAAAAGUUGCUCUCAAGUUUUUUGGUACUCUCGGUUUAGAAUGCAACGGUUCGAAUGACACAGAAACAGAGGAGGUUCAUCAUCUGCUUCAUUUGUACCACAUGUAUUUGAAGCCAACGAAGCAUCGUGCUGCAAGCCUUCCUGGAGAUACAUUUAUAAUUAUCAAUCCACGGCGAUAUCUCCCCAGCGCAACAGAGCUCCAACGAAAGUCCGCGGUGAAUUUUAAGGUGAAAAAAACGGUAGGUGUGCCACAAUGCGUGCUCGACGUAACGACGAGGAAAUCUGGAGAUAUCCAGGUGCCGGCAUUGGGCGUCUAUGACCAUACCAAUAUUCUCCUCCAUAAUCUAAUCAACUUUGAGCAGUCUCUUGGCAACAUGGACUCGUACAUCACAGCCUACGUCGCAUUCUUGAAUCACAUCGUGCAGAGAGAAGAAGACGUGGAGCUGCUUGAUACAAGAGGGGUGUUGGAGCACAGAUUGACCAGCCGUGCGGAGGUGGUCGCUGUCUUCAGGCAAUUACAUAAUGUGAUCGAUCAUUAUAAGACGCCCGGUUACUUGGCUAGCGUAUACGAGGAGGUGAAUGAUCGUUGCACCAGCAAGUGGCGCAGAAUCUAUGCCGAUGGGAAGCAACGUUAUUGCUCCAAUGUAUGGCUGAGCAUGUCGUUUGUUGCCGGCAUCGCUCUAUCAGUUCUCGCCCUCAUCCAGACCAUCUACGCCGUCGAGGGCUACAAGAGAAAAUGAAUGGCACCGCUGCUAGCUAGGAGCAGCGUUUGAUGUUAUGCUGAAUAAAUCGUGCAUGAAUGUAAUCCAUCGCGCAUGAUCCGUCCCACUUGUCUCAGCUGUAAUGUUCUUUCCUGUGUUAUAUAUAUUGUAAGCUGUCUGAUGUGUCUCCCCUAGAUUUCAGGGAUCCUCCCCCCAUCGGGGGAGACCAAGUUUUUUUCAUCUUCUUUUGGUGUAAUUACUAAUAAGUGUCGUGGUAGCUACUUGUGUGAAUUCUCCCCGUCAAUGUAAAUUAAGCUUGCAAGUGGAACUUUUUAAACCGUGUACCUAACUGCUUAAUAGUUUAUCUGUUGUAACUGAUGCUGGAACUAAUGAUAUAUGCAGUA